GGAAAUAUGACGACAAUGUUUACAAGAGAAUGUGGCGCCGACAGUCAAACAAAAUUUUGUCAGUUUUUCAAAGUAAAUACUUGUGAGAUUUCUGAAUAACUGAAUAUUCUGCAUCUUAUUUAGCUGCAGCAGUGGCGUUGUCCAUCCGCCAAAACUCUCAUCACUGUAAAACCGCCUCUGAUUGCUCUUCCUUGGGAUGUUCGGGGAACGACUAUUUUUGCCUUGAGGGCAAAUGCCUGUGUCAUGACCAUAAUCACGGAAAAAGGGCUCAAGAAACGUGUAAGACAGAUAUGGACUGCCAAAAUCAUACAUGUCAUCAUGGAGCACCUCACUGUGAAGUCCAUGACCCGAAUGGUGAACAUGGCCACUGCAACUGCCAUGUACCGCACAAAAGGGCCCAGGAAACAUGUAAGACAGAUAUGGACUGCCAAGAUCAUACCUGUCAUCACGGAGCACCUCAUUGUGAAGUCCAUGAUCCGAAUGGUGAACAUGGCCACUGCAACUGCCAUGUACCGCAUAAAAGGGCCGGUGAAGAAUGCAAGGUAGACAGCGAUUGCGCUGGUAUUACAUGUCAUCACGGAGCACCUCACUGUGAAAUCCAUGACCCAAACGGUGAACAUGGUCACUGCAACUGCCAUGUACCGCAUAAAAGGGCCGGUGAAGAAUGCAAGGUAGACAGCGAUUGCGCUGGUAUUACAUGUCAUCAUGGAGCACCUCACUGUGAAAUCCAUGACCCAAACGGUGAACACGGACACUGUAACUGCCAUGUCCCACAUAAAAGGGCUGGUGAAGAAUGCAAGGUAGACAGCGAUUGCGCUGGUAUUACAUGUCAUCACGGAGCACCUCACUGUGAAAUCCAUGACCCGAACGGUGAACAUGGACACUGUAACUGCCAUGUACCACAUAAAAGAGCCGGUGAAGAAUGCAAGGUAGACAGCGAUUGCGCUGGUAUUACAUGUCAUCAUGGAGCACCUCACUGUGAAAUCCAUGACCCGAACGGUGAACACGGACACUGUAACUGCCAUGUUCCACAUAAAAGAGCUGGUGAAGAAUGUAAAGUAGAUAGCGAUUGCGCUGGUAUUACAUGUCAUCACGGAGCACCUCACUGCGAAGUCCAUGACCCUAACGUUGAACACGGUCACUGUAACUGCCAUGUCCCACAUAAAAGGGCUCAAGAAACGUGUAAGAUAGAUAUGGACUGCCAAAAUCAUACAUGCCAUCACGGAGCACCUCAUUGUGAAGUCCAUGAUCCGAAAAAUGAACAUGGUCACUGCAACUGCCAUGUACCGCAUAAAAGGGCCGGUGAAGAAUGCAAGGUAGACAGUGAUUGCGCUAGUAUUACAUGUCAUCACGGAGCACCUCACUGUGAAGUCCAUGACCCGAACGGUGAACACGGACACUGUAACUGUCAUGUCCCACAUAAAAGAGCUGGUGAAGGAUGCAAGGUAGACAGCGAUUGCUCUGGUAUUAUAUGUCAUCACGGAGCACCUCACUGCGAAGUGCAUGACCCGAACGUUGAACACGGACACUGUAACUGCCAUGUCCCACAUAGUAAGGAUGAUGGUGUUUCUGUUUUCUUUGGAUAGCAUUUAUCUCCCUUACCUAUGUUUUAUUAAGUUUUGCGCUCGUGUUACUUUAACAAAUUUAAAUUUGCUUCACAGUAUCUACUGAACAGUCUAUGACUUUAAUGUGUUAUCGCUCAUGACUCUAAGGUUCAGUGGUGCAAUAAAUAUUGCGUAGAUGACUGGCCCUAGUAAGUGAUGUGCGUAAAGAAACACAGUUUUGAUCCGGCUAUUUGUUUAAGGGUUCUGGUCUUUUAUUUUUUUUUCGUAGAAUACAUUAAAGAGACAAUUAAAUGAAUUCUGUUGCGUCGUAAACUUCAUUCACGAUCAAUUCAGUGAAGUUGGAUAGAACAGAAGUUAAUAUUAUAUCAAGAUAUAAGUUUCCCGUUCGGGAAAUAGAAAAAAAAACAUAUAUUGAUUUCCCCGAACGUGAAGUUACCCAUUCUGGUAAAGCUGUCCCUCAAAAAUACAUUGUUUAUGAGGUUGGGCGGGGAAGAACCUUUACUUUCUCGUCCAUAUUUUCAUAUUAAUUAAACUACUGUCUGAAAAACUUUGGCCUAUAAAUAUUUAAAUUGAUUCCCUAUGUAGGCUUGACCACUGCUGAUACAAGUAUGUUUUACUGUUCUUAAUUUCGUAUUUUACAGAUUAAAUGUGUUACACUUGGUGCAGUGCAGCAUAUGGUCGAGCUAUAGUGUUGUUAUAUAUUUUUUACUUACAUCGUACAAUAUUUGUUAUGAUUAUUUCAAAAUAAACGUUUUGUUA